AAGCUCGGGUCUGGGGCCGGGCGGGGGGGAGGAGGAGGAGGGAAACCCGGUCAGUCCCGCGGCCCCCUCGGCCCGGCGCGGCGCCUGGGCCGGAGCCAUGACCUCGCUGACCCAGCGCAGCUCGGGCCUGGUGCAGCGGCGCACCGAGGCCUCCCGCAACGCCGCCGACAAGGAGCGGGCGGCGGGCGGCGGCGGCGGCAGCGGCGAGGACGACGCGCAGAGCCGCCGCGACGAGCAGGACGACGACGACAAGGGCGACUCCAAGGAAACGCGGCUGACCCUGAUGGAGGAGGUGCUCCUGCUGGGCCUCAAGGACCGAGAGGGCUACACAUCUUUUUGGAAUGACUGUAUAUCAUCUGGAUUACGUGGCUGUAUGUUAAUUGAAUUAGCAUUGAGAGGAAGGUUACAACUAGAGGCUUGUGGAAUGAGACGUAAAAGUCUUUUGACAAGAAAGGUGAUCUGUAAAUCUGAUGCUCCAACGGGGGACGUUCUUCUUGAUGAAGCUCUGAAGCAUGUUAAAGAGACACAGCCUCCGGAAACAGUCCAGAACUGGAUUGAAUUACUUAGUGGUGAGACAUGGAAUCCAUUAAAAUUACAUUAUCAGUUAAGAAACGUGCGGGAACGAUUAGCUAAAAACCUGGUGGAAAAGGGUGUACUGACUACCGAGAAACAGAACUUCCUACUUUUUGACAUGACGACACAUCCUCUCACCAACAACAACAUUAAACAGCGCCUCAUCAAGAAAGUUCAAGAAGCUGUUCUUGACAAAUGGGUGAAUGACCCUCAUCGCAUGGACAAGCGCUUGCUGGCCCUCAUUUACCUAGCCCACGCCUCAGAUGUCCUGGAGAACGCGUUUGCUCCUCUUCUGGACGAGCAGUAUGAUUUAGCCACCAAGAGAGUGCGGCAGCUCCUGGACUUGGACCCAGAAGUAGAGUGUCUGAAGGCUAACACCAACGAGGUUCUGUGGGCAGUGGUGGCGGCGUUCACCAAGUAACUGUCAGAAUGAAACGUUUUCUUUCUCUCAUGUAAACCAGUAGUCUUUCUUCUACUGACUUCUGGUUUUCUGCAGUUUGUACUUCCCACACUAUAAUUGGCUUUUGUUUUAUGAAAUGGUGGGUGGCUUUUUCUUUUUUGUAUGUACGCAGGAUUCUGCUGGUACGAGAGGCUUCCUCUUUCUGUUCUUCACAGAUUUUACUGCCAUAUUGGCCUUCCAUUCCCCUUCCAUUCUCACUAUUACCUGUUCUGGGUUUCUGGUAUACUUUGACUUUCAAAGUAGCUCUAGUCACCCCACAUGCACAGCUUUUGGGUUGCCUCAGUUUGAGUUUUCCCUCCUGUACAUUAGCAUUCUGCCUACAAUUCCGACAGAAGUCACAACAAGGCCUUCAACUCACCAAAGGUAAAUACCUGUAUCUAUUAGUACAUUUUAUAUAUAGACCUCAGUUGAAAUGUAUACUUAGCAAAAUUAUUUUUAAAUUGAAACAGCACAGUAAAUACUUAAUAUAAAAUGCCCCCCUGGAUUUUGCUUCCCGUGUAAAUCUAUUGUAUUAUUACACUUGUUAUAAUUUUAACUAUUCAAUCAGAGAGGUCCAUUUGUUUCACAAAGCCAGUUUGGGAUGGGCUGCAUUCCAGUUAUGCUGUAUAUAGUUUGAAUUAAAUAUAAAUUGCCCCUUCUGGCCACCCCUGCCUCCAUCUUAGUGUUUUGUAAGAUUUAGUUAGUUAUACACCUGGUGCCCCUCACACUUGCUCCAGUCAUUACUAAUUGAUGGCGGAAUAGACCUCUCACAGGAGGAGACAGAAAAGAUGAGUAUUUAAUUGGUUGCAGGAUUCUUUGAUUUGUGCCACUCACGGUACUCUCUGCCUAUGCAUCUUUGGAUUGUUUUUUGUCUUAACAGUUUUUAUGAUUUAUGUUCGAAAGAGGCUUGUGACCAGUACUAAUCUUGAGUACAGUUUUUUUUUCUUCUGUCCACAAGUAAAAAAUUAAUGUCUGCUCUGAAAUAGCAUUUUUAUACUUUCUUGAAGAAAAAAAAUCAAAUGUCCUAGCUCAUGUUGCAUGUAAAUUGGUAGUAAGUAAUGACUACAACUCAGAUGAUUAAGAAUUUUGUAACAGAAAGCUCUGCUAUGUUUUAAUUUUUUAUAUACAAUUACGGUAAUUAGCACAUUGUAAGAUUAUAAGCCUUUGCUUUUUUAAAGUUUAUUUUUACUAUUUCUUUAUCACUGUUUAUUAUACCACCAUUGGUUUCAUAAUGUAAAUACUAUACAUUGAACAAAUUAAAUGUCAAAUUUUUUUAUUACCAUAGUUCAUGUUAAUAGUGGGGCUUUCAGGUGUUUAGAAAUUUUUUUUGGUUAACAUUCAAUGCAAAAGUACUAGAUGGUGUAUAACUCUAGAGUUGAAUUUUAAGGGAUUCCCUAAUAUGUAUACUAUCUUUUUAUCUGAAGUAAUAAAUAAACUAUGAUCUUGAAAGUGCCUGAAUCAGA